UAAAAUAUCUGUUUUAUGGCAAGACGAAGCGAGAUAUUAAAAAUGGCAGCCCUUGAAGAUGUUGUUGCCUUAUAUCAGAAUUUAAAACGCGAAUGGACAAGAACGCCGUGUAAUUUGAAGAAAUGUGGAGAAUUGCUCAAUCAAUUAAAGAUCGGUCUCACUCAUCUGAUGUUUCUCCCAACAUCAAAUAGCACGGCCAGUCAAAAUGAAUUAUUAAUCGCUAGAGACAUAUUGGAAAUUGGAGCACAAUGGAGCAUUGCCACUGAAGAUAUACCUUCCUUUGAAAGAUAUAUGGCACAAUUAAAAUGUUACUAUUUCGAUUAUAAAUCUGGAUUGAUGGAAUCAGCGUACAAAUAUCAGCUUCUUGGUCUCAAUCUCUUAUUUUUAUUAUCUCAAAAUCGAGUUGCUGAAUUUCACACAGAGCUGGAACUCCUACCGUCUGAUCAGAUACAAUCAAAUGUUUAUAUAAGGCAUCCCUUGAGUUUAGAGCAAUAUUUGAUGGAGGGUUCGUACAAUAAGAUUUUCUUGGCCAAAGGUAAUGUGCCCGCCGCAUCCUAUAAUUUCUUCAUAGACAUUUUAUUAAAUACUGUUCGCGAUGAGAUCGGCGCGUGCAUGGAAAGUGCAUACGAUAAGAGCUCCAUUCAAGAUGCCGCAAGGAUGCUCAAUUUAAGCACGGAGAAGGAUAUAAAGGCAUUCGCUAUCAAGAAGAACUGGAAUCUUUCCAAAGAUGGCCAUUUUUAUUUUACUACGACUAGUGAGAAAAAAUCUGAGGAGCCUAUUCCGAGUUCUGAACUGGCAGCUCUCGCGAUAGACUAUGCCCGAGAACUGGAAAUGAUCGUGUAAUACCUUAUGCAACUUUCUGUAUUUUAUUUAUCUAAAUAAAUGAACAGUUUUGCUUUUGUGCAAUAAAGCCUUUUAUAUACGUAUACAAA